CAGGGUAGCAGGGCGGGCACAGCGGGCUGUGACGCUCACACCGCCAGGACGCAGUUUUCCGACCAGCGGGACGGACGAUCGCUGCGGCCGCAGCGCGCCUGCCGCUCGGAAGGGCCGGGCGGCAGAAGGCAGGGGCGCAGCCCGAGGGGACAGCGGAGCGCUCGGCCCCGCCUCGUUCAGCCGCCCGCCGUGGGGCGCUGGCCCCAGCCGCCGCUGCCGCUCGCCGGCCCCGACCACGCAGCCGGCCCGGCCGGGGCCCGCCGAGCUCGCGGCAGCGGCCCCGCACCGCCGCCCGCGGCCGUCCCGCCGCUCCCCCCGCUAUAGCGAGUUGGGCGAGUCCGCUGUGCCGGCCGGAGGGCACAGGGAGAGCUCAAAGCGCUGGGUGGGGGGAGCGGUACGCGGAGUCUGGAACCUACCUGCGCGCCGCCGGCUGGGCUUCCCCUGCGCGCCGCCCCGCGGCUUCCCGGCCGCCAUCAUCGCGGCUGCUCGCUCCCUCCCGCUGACCUCUCACCCGGAGGCGGAGCCGCGCCGCGGCGUGGCCGGUGCUGGGAGCGGGAGAGGCGGCGGCGGGGCGCUGAGGAGCGGCGGGCGGAGAGGAGAGGGUGCGGGACCGCUCGGCUGAGCGGGGCCGAGGGGCUGCGGCGCGGGGCUCCACUGGCGGCCCACUGAGUAGUUUUCAAUGCCAGAAGAGCAAAGUCAAACUAUAAUGGCCGUGGAUGAACUUCAAGCCAUAGUACAAAGAUGUCAAAUUCUGGAAGAAGCUGAUUUCAAAGGAGAAGAUUUUAAUUUGUUUCAGGUAGCAGGUCAGAAAUGUUUGGAAGAUGGGUAUGCAGCUCAGUUAUUAGAAGUAAUUCAAAAUGAGAAAAAUAAGGUUAUAAUCAAGAAUAUGGGUUGGAAUCUCAUCUCUCCUCUUGUUAGAUGUAUUUUCAUGUAUAAACAGGAAGAUGAUAAGCGAGAACACUGCCUGAAGAUACUAGAUCAGUUGGCAGAGCUCUGCAAUCCCAAGGAACUUUUUUUGAGUUUACUUGAGCAGAUCGAGCAGACCUCUGGAGAGCAAGUGUGCCAGACUGUCAUGUUACUGCUUCAGCCUUUGCAGACAGUGCUUUUGAAACUUCAGAACAAGAAGGCCUACUCAGUGGGUUUAUCUUUGGCCAUGAUUAUGAAUCAGCUUACUCCCUUACCUGUACCUUAUACAAAGCAACAAAUAGAAGAAGAUAAACUUGGUCUCUGUCAAUGUUGUAAUGCAGUGGUGGACUUUGCUAAACCAUUUGUGAAUGAGUUGGUUAAAAACAUGGAAAAGUCGUCAGAAUACAAUGACAUGGAGCUGAAAGAAGAGUUAUUAAAAUUCUGUAUGAAAAGCCUGAAAUACCCAUUAUUGACAGCUCAGCUUGAGCAACUUGAAGGCAUUGAAGAACAUCCCUUUCGGCAUUUUGCAACUGAAAUCGUAGAUAUUUUGUGGGACAUAAAAGAAUUGAUACCACUAGUGUUUCUGCGGCAUAAAGACAGAAGUCCUCACUGGGAGAAUCAGGAGUUUGCGGAGAUGGAGCAGAAGAAUUCUGCGGAUUCUUUGGCAUGUCUGUCAUAUCUGAUAUUCGUGCAGCAUUUGGGUAUUGCUUGCUUUCCAGUGGUAUUUAGUCCAUCAUACCUUCUGCAAUGCAAUAUGACGCAUAUUGAAGUGCUACUGAAAAGAACAGAAGAAUCUAUGCUAUCUAAAGGACUUGAUCUGUUUGAGAGCUGUUUAUUGAGAAUGGAAGAUGAUAGCCUUCUCCAUCAGUAUUUAGAAUUCAGAACUUUUAUUAAUGUACCUCAGGAUUUGGUGAAAGUUAUGACUCUUUGUCCCAUAGAGCAUCUGAGAAAGAAGAGUUUAAAUAUUUUGCAGUUGUUCAUAGACAAGUUUGACGCAGAGGGAAAAUAUACAUUAUUCAGGUGUUUAUUGAAGACAAGCAAUCAUGCAGGUGUGGAAGGAUACAUCAUCAAAAAUAUAAAAGAUCAGAUUCACUCAUCGUUAACGAAGGCAUGUGACAACGUUUGGUUUACAGGACAUCACCUGAUCUCGCUUCUAGAUUUAGUGCUUAUGCUUCCAGAAGGUGCUGAGACAGAUCUUCUCCAACACUCAGAUAGGAUUAUGGCAUCGCUAAAUCUACUGAGAUACUUAGUCAUUAAGGAUUGUGAAAGUGAUAAUCAAACUGGUGUAUGGACCACACUUCCCAAGAUUGAGCGAAAUUUUUUAAAACCACUGCAUGUAGGACUCAAUAUGUCCAAAGCACACUAUGAAGCAGAAAUAAAGAAUAAGAAAGAAAACAGAAAAGAGGCACACAGUUCUAACACAGUUUGUUCUGUAACUGUUGGUGGGGAAAAGAUGCCUGCCAUGACCACUGAAAUGCAGCUACAGGUUUUACACUCGGCUCUCUUCACAUUUGAUUUAAUAGAAAGUGUUCUAGCUCGAGUAGAAGAACUCAUUGAAGUGAAAAUAAAAGCUGUAAUGGAUGAGCAUAGUUAGGUCAGCUGAAGUACUUGAAUUAACAUACUUCUCAGAAGAUCAUUUUGACUAUGUUGAAAAGGAGGCCACCAGCCUUUAACAAACAGCAAUUCAGAGUGGGCCCUAGAAGAAUUUCAGAUGCUGCUCUUCAUAUGUCUUGUUGCUGUUCUUUUAUUUUCCUUUGCUAUUGUUGUAUGCAAUUCUGCAAUUCACAGAGAUGGCCUAUUUACUAAAGUACUCCUCUUCAGAAUUUGAUGCUUUUUCCUAAGUUUAGAAACCAAAAACAGUUUGAUUUGGGUUUUUUUUGUUCUGAGGCUGUGUCAAGGAGGUGUGCUUGUGCUUUUUCUGUUUUCAAAACUCGUUAAAUAAUAAUUGCCGACUGGUCUUGUGAAUUACAAACUUUUUUACAAAAUGACUGGAGAACAAUGAAUUAAAAAGCACUGUUUAAGCACAA